CAGCGGGCCGACGGACCCUUCGCCGCCGUCGCGCUGCCCCGAUGGACUCAGUGAACGCUCCUCUGCUCAACUAACCGUCCGGUAACUUCCAUUUAGAGCCUCAUCUUUUCACAAAGUUAAGGCCACGGCGCAGAGGGGGCGCGUGGAACGUUCGUCCCCCAUUAGUCUGAAAGCGGCCGCUGCAGCCCCCAACUAGAUGGGUUGAGGGAGACGCGUAAAAAGCACUAUGCGGUCUCGCCGAAGCCAAACUCCGAGCUGUUUGUGAGGUACUUGGGAAGGACGCCUCUCCUUGUGACAUCACGGCUCUGUGGGGAUUACUGAUUUCAACGUGUCAGGAAAAGUUUUAAAAGUUCCCACGUUGCAUCCCCACUGAACUUCGUGGUCGGGUGCCUGUUGUGCGGAGAGUAAAGGCGAUGGAGGUGCCUCCAGCUUCCCCGUUUCCACGCAGCCCCCCCGCUGCCGUCUGAUGGCCGCCCGUCCCGCUUCGCCAGCACUUCGCUGCCCCGAGACCUCUAGCGUUAGUCCCGGCUGCUCCUUCCGUCCACACUGCUGAGCGCCUCGCGUUACUGGACCGCACGCUUUACAUUAUGUACUUUAUUCUGGGCUCCGACGCGUGUUUGCCUGCCAGAGUUUGAAGCGCUCGGCGAAUAUCUUCCUCGGUCGUCUUUGUGUGUUCGAUACCGGAGAAGAUGAACCUGUGUGUCGUCAGUCUGCUCCUCACUCUGGAUCUAGCCGCCGUGGCGCUCAGCCUGUCCACGUGCAGCACGCUGGACAUGGAGCACUUUAAGAAGAAGCGCAUCGAGGCCAUCCGAGGGCAGAUUCUGAGCAAGCUGAAGCUCACCAGUCCCCCGCAGGACUUCCCCGACCCCGAGGAGGUGUCCCGGGACAUCGUCGCCAUCUACAACAGCACGCGCGACCUGCUGCAGGAGAAGGCGAACGAGCGCGCGGCGACGUGCGAGCGGCAGCGGAGCGAGGAGGAGUACUACGCCAAGGAGGUGCACAAGGUCGACAUGCAACCUUUCUUUCCGGCAGAGAAUGUCAUUUCUGCUACACACUUCAACCCAUACUUCAGACGGUUGACGUUUGAUGUGUCCUCCAUGGAAAAGAACGCUUCCAACCUGGUGAAAGCUGAACUUCGGAUCUUCCGUCUUCAAAACCAUGGUGCCCGAGUUUCUGAGCAGCGCAUAGAACUCUACCAGAUUUUAGGAUACAGAGACCUGACAUCCCCAACACAGCGAUAUAUAGACAGCAAGGUGGUACGAACACAGACUGAGGGAGAGUGGCUCUCCUUCGAUGUGACAGAGGCCGUGAAUGAAUGGCUGAACCACAGAGACAGAAACAGUGGAUUCAAGAUCAGCCUACAUUGCCCGUGCUGCACGUUUGUACCAUCAAAUAACUACAUCAUUCCCAACAAGAGUGAGGAGCUGGAGGCACGGUUUGCAGGUAUUGAUGACAGCUACAGCCACGGCAACGACCUGAAGAUGUAUCAAAAGCGUCGACAAAGCACUCGGGCCCCACACCUUCUACUCAUGCUGCUUCCUUCAUACCGGGUGGAGUCCCAGUCCCAGUCCCAGCCCACGACCCAUCGAUCCAAGAGAGCGCUCGACGCCGCCUACUGCUCAAGAAACGUUCAGGACAACUGCUGUCUACGGUCACUCUACAUUGAUUUUAAGAAAGACCUUGGCUGGAGGUGGAUCCACGAGCCAAAGGGCUACGAGGCCAACUUCUGUGCCGGAGCCUGUCCCUAUUUGUGGAGUGCAGACACCCAGCAUUCCAAGGUGUUAGGCCUGUACAACACCAUCAACCCCGAAGCAUCGGCAUCACCCUGCUGCGUUUCCCAGGACCUGGAGCCCCUCACCAUCCUCUACUACAUCGGCAAGACCCCCAAAAUAGAGCAGCUAUCCAGCAUGAAGGUCAAGUCCUGCAAGUGCAGCUAGACUCUCUUACAAGCCAGCACAAACGCUAUCUUCCUCCCUCCCUCGCACACACACACACAAACACACAGUGAAACUACAAUUGUACUUUGUCUUACAUGCAUUGUGUGUACAGAGCAGUUCAAUGCGAGCACAACAUACAGGGACAAUGUGGUCAUACAGGGAACUUGACAUUGAUACCAAUGAGGAGUACAAUAAGUACAGUGUUGCAUUACAGUUACUGGUUGGUUGACACACUGCCUGUGUGCAAAGAUUUGCAUGAUGUUGUUGGUUCUUAAUGUUUGGCUUCCAAGCAACGUCUAUACCCAUUAAACCUUCCUCUCUCAGUGAAGUGCCUGCGCAGUGUUAAUGAUAUUAAAUUGUCCUUAUGUGGCCAUGCAACCAAAAUAACGGCUGAAAGACGUCCACACACGCAAUCAUGUACAGCUGAAAACCAUGAAAUAUGUUAGAGAUGUGCAUCAGUACUGUCUCUAAGUGAAACUGUUCCAUGUUUGACUCGUGACAAUAGUAGAUAAACCAUUAAAUGGAAUGUUGUCUCUAAAAUAAUUUUAAGCAGUGGUAGCAAACUAAUUCCUACUUUAUUAUUGCAAUCUCACUGCACAGACCACAUGUUUUCUAUACAUUCACACCGCACACACCAAAUGCAUGCACACACACUACAUUCUAAAAGCCCUAUCAAUAUGUAUCACUUCACACAGUUAUCAAAACGAGACGCGAUUUUCCUAUUUGGCGAUUAUCUCUACUCAAUAUUACAAAGCAGUAAGCCUGAAUAUCUUUAUUUGUUGCAGAAAAAAGGUCAUUUCAAAUAAAAGGUUGUCUACUGAAGUCAAUAAUUGAAUUAUUCAAGGGAAUUAUUGAUGGAUGUUGAAAAAAUGCUGGCUUAGAAUUACCUUUUAUAUUUCCUUUGGUGCUCAGCAUCAGAGCUGUCAUGACACACUGUAGUCUCACAGAAACAUCCCACAAUGCAUUCUGGUUCCCGGACAAAACACCAGGGCACGCUUGACUAUUGGGUAUGUCAGACAACCCGGUUGCAGCCCCAACUGAAAGGCCCCCCAAACAGCGAUUAAUAAGGCAGAAUAUAUUAUGAUGUGUAUAUAUGUAGUAAUAUUCUAACUCAGUGUACCUGAAAGUAAGAAAAUAUCCCCGAAGCGCUCAGAUGUACACAACUAACUUCUAAGGGAACCAUUGCAGUACUCCAUUUAGAAGAGUCGAGUUAGAAAGAAGUGAGAGCUCUACUUUGAACUGACGUUAAGUAAAUUUGAAUCUAUAUUUUUUAAUAUUGAAAGGAUCCUGCAUUCAACUAUAAAACUAUUCUGUCUGUAUGUAGGUCCUUGGUAUAUCUUAGUGGUUUGUCUAAAUUGUCUUGAUUUGACUAAAUAAAGAAUUUGCCUUAAGGGGCUUUAUA